UUUUUAUAUAGUACUUCCUGUUCUUUUCAACAUAGAUCUGCGUUUGUGAAUCACAGCAAACGUUUAAUCCACGAUGUCUUGUGUAAAUUACAGCAAAUGGGAUCAUAUUGAGAUAUCUGAUGAUGAAGACGACACACAUCCUAACAUUGACACUGGAAGUCUCUUCAGAUGGCGACACCAAGCCAGAGUUGAACGAAUGGAGGAGCAAAAGAAAGAAAAGGAUGCUGUAGAGAAAGGAUUAACACAACAACAAAAGAAAGUUGAGGAGUUAAAAACAAAGAUAAAGGCAGCAGAAGAAAAGGAUGCAGCGGAUCAGUUAUCAAAAUUGAAAAUUGAUUUGAAAGAUCUCGAGGAACAAGAAAAGAAAUUUAAAGAAAAAGAGGAAGAGCUGAAGAAAAAGGAGAAGCUUACUCCAUUAAAUAUUGACACAAUCUGCCACGACGGAAAGUCAAAAACGGUUAUCAACAAAUUGCCAGCAAGGAAAAAAGACAUGACCGAUGAGGAAAAAGCAGAAAAACAGGAAGAGUUCCAAAAGAAGUACAAAGAUGAUGUUAAGAAGUUUGGUAUGUUGAAGAAGUAUGAGGAUAGUCAACAGCUUCUGACAGAUAAACCGCAUCUGGUCUGUGAGGAGACAGCAAACUACCUGGUGAUCUGGUGUAUAGACCUGGAGGUGGAGGGGAAACAUGACCUAAUGCAUCAUGUUGCUCACCAGACGAUAGUGAUGAAUUUCAUCAUGGAGCUGUCAAAGAACAUGGAUAUUGAUCCCAGGGCUUGUGUCCGACCUUUCUUCUCAAAGAUCAAGCUUGAGGAGCCACAAUACAUGGAAGCAUUUAAAGACGAGUUGGAGGCAUUCAAAGAGAGAGUACGUGGAAGGGCAAAAGUUCGCAUUGACACUGCCGUUAAAGAAUAUGAAGAGGAGGAGAGAAAGAAGCGGCUAGGACCUGGAGGGGAGGACCCGGUGGAGGUAUUCGAAAGCCUUCCUGAGGCUAUGAAGGAGUGUUUUGAGGCCAAGGACAUUCCCAUGCUGCAGAAAGUUAUAUCGGAGAUGGACCAUGAGGAAGCGAGUUAUCACCUUAAGCGCUGCAUAGACUCUGGCCUGUGGGUACCUGAGGCCAACAAGGAACCAGCUGGAGCAGGGGAGGAAGGCGAUGAAGAAGUUGAAUAUGCAGAGGUCAGCGAUAUGUCUCAGAAUGCAACCUCAUCAACAACGGAAAAGAAAAGUAUUGAUGAUGUGGACUGAGUUAUUUCUUACCAAAGACAUUGUUUUUUGUCAAUAUAGUGUUAAUGUUCGAAACAUUGUAUUAUGAUCUGUAAGGAAGAUGUUUAAUGUUGCUGUUCAUACAAUCAUAUCAUAUUCAUUCAACAACUUUCUUUUCAGUGAAAAAUGUGCUAGCCCAAAUGUAUAGUGUCACAAACCUAACGUUGUAUACAAGAAACAGUGAUGUGCUUACAAACAAAACAAUGUGACAGGCUGUUCAUUACAGAUCUAGACAUUUAAGUAGAAAGUAAUGAAUCUAUGUAAUUCAAAGUGUUCAGUGGCCUCUUGCAGCUAUCCUAUUGAUAAAAGCAAGUUUUACUAUUCACAUGCAAGUUUAACACUAGGAUUUCUCCUGACAUUGAGGACCUGAGGAGGUUGUGUUAUUACCAAUACAGAUGUGUGGUAGUGCCACCAGGGAGACAUCCUGUUAUAUGAACAAGAAUGAAAUAAGAAAUUGUAAAUAUUAUGUUUAGAAUUGAACUUGUCAGCCAAUUUAAAAAAAAUAUUAUAUAACAUGUUCUUGUCUGUUAAUUUUGUUAUAUCGUGUAUUUCCAAAACAAAAUAUAUUAUAAUUCAGAGUGAUAUAUUGCUGCCUUAUUCCAUUCAGUAAUUUUAACUACAGACAGUGUAAUGUACAACUGGUUUCUUUGGCAGACAUGUAAUUUUUACAGUUGUAAACGAUUCCAUUUGUAUUUUUUUUUUAUUUCAUUAGCCAAUUUCUAUUAGCCCUGCUAAAUUGGUGUAGUAAAGGCAUAUGAGAAUCAA